UUAGUUGGGUGGUCGCUGGUGAUCGGUAGCCUAGUUAUGUUGCUGGUGCUUCUCAUCCUGGAAUCACGAUUCGUUGAUGCAGCAGUGAAGUAUUCCUUCGUUACUUUUAUGUAUAUCACAUCACUUAUCUGUGCCAUAUUUGCGCUCAAAGACAACAGUAAUAUUAUGUUGUAUCCGAUUCUCGUCACCACGGUUCGUCUCAUUUGA